GAGUGAAGUGUGGAUAAUAGAAGUACAGCCAGGGGGUGAAGUUUAGCAGCACCAUGACUUACGACUUCCAGUUUAUCAUUGGGUUUUCGUUAUGUGUUUCCAUUUUACUGUCGUUUAUGCUAAAAAGAAGGAGGAAAGGAAGAGAACCCCCUUUGAAUAAUGGAUGGAUCCCAUUCAUUGGUUUAGCUUACCAGUUCAGUAAAGAUCCUUUAAAAUUCCUGAUCUCUCAGCAAGAGAAACAUGGGGACAUCUUUACAGUCUACCUCGCAGGCAGAUAUAUUACAUUUAUCAUGGAUCCAACCCAGUUCCAGUAUGUCAUUAGACAUGGCAAGAAGCUUGACUUCCAUGAGUUUUCCAAUGAAAUGGCAUCAAGGACAUUCGACUACCCACGCCUGUCAGAAGCAAAGUUCCCACAGCUCAGUGAUAAUAUGCACAAAAUAUAUAAAAUCAUGCAGGGUAAGCCUUUGGACAAACUUACUGACAGCAUGAUGAUAAAUCUCCAACAUGUAUUCAAAUGGAAAUUCUCACAAGCAACAGAUUGGAAAACAGAAAAAAUGUACCAGUUUUGCUGCUCUAUCAUGUUCGAAGCCAGUUUUAUGACACUCUAUGGAAGAGAUCCUGUUGCAGAUGGUCGUAAAGUUAUUAGUGAAAUGAGAGAAAAAUUUACAAAGUUUGAUGCCAAGUUCCCCUAUCUUGUUAUAAACAUACCGAUCGCGUUGCUAGGAGAUACCAAGAAUAUUCGCGAGGAACUGAUAAAUUUUUUCAUGCCGAAAAUUAUGGACAAGUGGCAUGACCAGGCCGAAGUUAUCCAGGCCCGGAAAGAAAUUCUGGAACAAUACGACGUGCUGCGGGCCCAUGACAAAGCAGCACAUCAUUUCGCCUUCCUUUGGGCCUCUGUGGGGAACACCAUUCCGGCAACAUUCUGGGCCUUGUACUACCUCGUGAGGCACCCAGAAGCACUUGCAGCAGUGCGUGACGAAAUUGACCAUUUGCUGCAGUCAACAGGUCAAAAGAAGGGACCAGACUAUGACAUCCAUAUCACCAGAGAACGGUUGGACAGCCUGGUUUUGCUAGGUAGUGCUAUAAACGAGUCACUGCGAUUAUGCUCUGCAUCUAUGAACAUCCGUGUAGUGCAAGAGGAUUUUCUUCUGGAGCUGGAGGAUGGCCAGUCAGUGAGUCUGAGGAAAGGCGAUUUUGUAGCCCUAUAUCCUCCAGCACUGCACCGAGAUCCUGAGGUCUUCGAGGAUCCCGAGGAAUAUAAAUAUGAUCGCUUUGUAGAAGAUGGAAAGGAGAAAACAGCCUUCUACAAAAAGGGCAAAAAACUGAAAGCUUUCCUGAUGCCAUUUGGUUCUGGAUCAACCAUAUGUCCUGGCCGUUUCUUCGCAGUGAAUGAAAUAAAACAGUUUCUUGCUGUUCUUCUCACAUAUGUGGACAUGGAACUGGUUGAUUAUAAGACAUUAGGCCAAGAUAACAGCCGUUCAGGACUCGGAAUACUCCUGCCUAAUUCUGAUGUUUCCUUUCGUUUUAAACCCCGGAAGUAUGAUUAUUGAUUUUUAUUUUAUUAUUUCAAGGCUAGAAAAUCCACUUACUUUAUAUAUCAAUUUAAAGCUAUCAGAUCAAUUUUAUUUUGGCAAUAUAUAUAUAUAUAUAAACAUUUCUAUUAGGAAUUAUGGAAGUGUCUAAUCUGGUAGGACAGUAGAGCUCCCAUAGCUAAUGAGUCUUCACUGUAAUUUAUAUGUCUUAUAUGUCAUUUUCUUUUUACAAUGCAAAAUGGUCGGUCCAUUAUUACUUAAGAUGGCAGAUUAGAAAAUCACAACAGAGGUGCUAGAUAGAUUUUUGGUUUAUGGUUAAAGUAGCAGCAUUAGACUUUUGAGUAGAGGAUCUUUUAAGCAUAGAUUUUUAUGAAUUAACAUAUUUAUAGGGUAACUCCACCCCAACCCUUUUUUAUCUAAAAAAAAAAAAAUCAAAAUUUUCUUAUCCCCCCCCCCCAAGUUAUAGUAUAAUGGCCAGUCUCAGCCAAGUGCUGGCAAGGAGCAGGGUUGUCUGCGUGAACCUAAUCAUAUGACACUAAGUUUGUAGACACUAUUCCCUGUAACUACUCAGCUGGAAUUGAAAUAUACUCCAACUCAUUCACCUCCAAUACUUUAAAACUUAAAGUCAAUGUAAAGUAAAUAUCAUGGUGUGUUUUUUUAUUUUUAUUUUUUCCAUUUUUAAAUCCUGAAUCCCUUGCAGCAGUCACUAGCUAGAACUAAGGGGCUUGAUAUAUACAAUGGCCCUCAUUUACUAAGAGUGUUGUGUAGUUUUAUUUGUGGGUUUUUAUUCCCUACAAUUUAUUUUCCACAGUAUUUACUAAGAUUUCCCUACAUUUUCCACUUUCCCUACAUUUAGCUUUUUGCUCUGAUCUGUCUGGUUUUCCUCAGCUGAAAUCCGCCAUAUUUUCUGUGGAAACCUUAGUAAAUAUGUUGGGUUUUUGUGAAAAUGUCAGGAACACGCCCCUUUUCAGAGACCACGCCGCUUUUCCUGGCGACCAUGCCCCUUUUUCGGGUUUUCUUAGCAAAAUAGAGAGUUAGUCUGGGUUUUUUCAAUUCUGGCGCAAAUUCUGGCGCAAAAUCUGGCGCAGAGAGAAUUUCUGGUGCAAUGCGACAGAAUCUGGCGCACAACCCGACAAUACAUGUCGGGUUUGCAAUAGUAAAUGAGGCCAAUAUAUGUAAUGAACUCAAAAUUUUAAUAGUAUGUGUUAAGCUCCCCCUAUUGGCAACUGUAAGCAUCCAUAAUUUUAUCUUUUAUUUCUAGUACACCUGUUGCACUAACAAUAUAUAUAAAAAAAAAUAACCAGCACAGAAUUAGUCUAUUAGUCAGUACAGAUGUUGUCAAACCAGCCUAUUUUGUGGUUUAAGUGAGUAGAAGCCUAGACAGAGGGGCACUAUUGAAUAUACCAUUUUUAGACUUUGGCAAAAUGGAUUUACACUGUCCCUCACAGACACCAAAUGUGUAGAUUAAGGUCUAUAAAUGUAUAAAUUAUAGUUUGUAAUUUUAUUUGAAUUUGCUUAAAGGGGUACUCCGGUGC